AUGAACUGCGCUUCCCAGCCCUUCUUCACUGGUGCCCAUGGAGGACCCCCAACAUAUGAGAUGCUCAAGGAGGAGCACGAGGUGGCCGUGCUGGGGGCUCCCCAGACCUCAGCCCCCGUGGCCACCACGGUGAUCAACAUCCGAAGCGAGACCUCCGUGCCCGACCACGUCGUCUGGUCCCUGUUCAACACCCUCUUCAUGAACUGGUGCUGCCUGGGCUUCGUGGCUUUCGCCUACUCCGUGAAGGCGAGGGACCGGAAGAUGGUGGGAGACAUCAUUGGGGCCCAGAGCUAUGCCUCCACCGCCAAGUGCCUGAACAUCUGGGCUCUGGUCCUGGGCCUCCUUCUGAUCAUUGCGUUCAUCAUCGUUUGCACCACUGGCUCUCUGGUAAUUUUCCAAGCAGUUCUGCAGCUCAUAAAGGAUUACAGAGGCUACUAG